AUGAUAGGCAGUGAGCCCGUUAGCCAUCAGCGCGCGCCGCAAACACGUAUCAUGAGCUGCCUCAACGACGACUGGUGGGGCCCGCUCGUGGUCGGCUGUCGCGACGAUUUCGACUUUACGAAAACGUUCGAACAGCUGGCUCUCUCAAUUGCCCCAAAUGUCCUCUUCAUCGUCGUUGCCACAACACGCAUGGCAAGACUGAUCAGGACGUCUGCUAGCAGCCACGCACCUCACCUAUUGUUGGCCAACACAUUCACUGCCAUUGUUCUUCUUGGGCUGUACUGCGCGUACCUCAACUUUCAACUCUUCUUCGACAACUAUGGGGGCCGGUACGAUGCCCUCUCUGCUGUCCUGUCCAUGGCAUCCGCCGCCAUCUUGAUCCUCCACUCGCGCCUGGCGCACGCUCGAACGACGCGACCUUCGGAUACAAUCACCAUCUUCUUGUUCGCAUCAUUCAACUGCUCCGUAGUGCAGUUCCGCACACACUGGCUGACUCAGGCGCCGGCCGCUCUCACAGGGAUCUACGCAGCCAUCACUGUUUGCACGGCCGUCCUGUUGGGCCUUGAGAUGACCAGCAAACCGAUACGGACCGCUUGGCCAGACUUCUCGAAAGACAAGAUAUCCUCGAGCUCAGCAUUGGGCAAGGUGUUCUUGUGGUGGCUCAACGACUUGAUCCAGUAUGCCUACGGACAUGAUAUUGGGCCUGACGACCUCUACCCCCUCGACAAGAAUCUGGGAGCGGAAAUACAUCGAAUUCGAUUUAUGACUCACUACCGUGCCAUUCAAUCCAAAGAAGCCAUACGACAAGAACGGGUACGAGGAUGGAAAGCAGCUCGUGCCCUUGGUUCGACUCUGAAGGUCAGCUGUGUGGCGCCUGUGCUACCGCGUGUUACAAUGUCGGCAUUCAAAUUCGCCCAUCCCUUCUUUAUCAACUCCAUUCUGAAUGAACUGAGCCAAACCACGUCAUAUUUAUCUGCUGGCACAGCAACUGCCUAUAUCGGCAUCAUGCUGUUCCUCAAUGUCGGAAAUGCCAUGGCGACGAGCACAUAUGGGUACUAUCAAGAGCGCGCAGUUGCUCAAGUGCGCUCGUGCCUUGUGCCUGCUCUCUACCAGAAAACGGUGCGACGCAAAGUGUUUUCGGAGAAAAGUUUUUCUGUACUCAGCAUGAUGAAUUCAGAGAUGAAUAUGAUCCAGUUUGGUGUCAAGAACGCUCACGAGUUCUGGAUCUGCGUGCUCGAGAUCAUUCUCGCUAGCUGGCUGUUGAAGCAGCGCAUUGGCUGGGCCUUCAUGGCGCCGCUAGCUGUGGUUUUGAUGUCGGCAAGCGCUUCCACUUUUGCCAGUCGAUUCACUGCGAAGAGACAAGAUGCCUGGAUGGAAGCUCUGGGAAGCCGGGUGGGCUUGAUAUCCUCUGCCCUUCCAAAUCUACCCUCUAUCAAAAUGGCCGGCCUGGGUAACCAGAUUGGCCGCGUUGUGCAAAUAUCUAGAGAGCGCGAGAUUGGAUUGGGCAACCGGUUCAGACUCCUCAACACCGCUUCUGCAACCAUUGCUUUCGUGCCCACGGUAUUCUGUCCAAUCGUAACAUUCACCAUCGCGCGCAAGUCCCUUACCAUGAGCGAGGUCAUGACAUCCCUUGCAUUUAUCGGCCUCCUCUCGAACCCCAUGAUGCAUAUUUUGCAGUGUAUCCCGCUUGUCAUGGCCGCCAUUACCUCCGUUGGACGUGUUGAAGAAUUCCUCGACUCCGAAAACGAUGAUGGACAGAUCCCCAUAGCAUACCGCGAUGAGGUAGCCAACACCGUGGCCCCAGGCACUAUCGAAUUGGUUGAUGCUAGCUUCGGAUGGGACGAAAACAAAUUCUCAGUGCGAAAUGUAAAUCUUACAAUGUCCCCUGGCGUCUUUCACUACGUCGUGGGGCCGGUUGCAGCUGGUAAGACAACCCUUUGCCUGGGGCUUUUGGAUGAGGUUAAGCAUAGGCAAGGUCAAGUUGUAGUGCACCGUGGAAAGCAACUUUCUUACUGUAGCCAAGACGUUUUCAUGGUCAACGGCACGAUUCGGGAGAACAUUGUUGGUUUUGCUCCCUUCAAAGCGGCCCUAUACGAGAAAGUAGUGAAGAGCUGUCAGCUGCAAGCGGAUUUUGAAUCUCUCGCCAAUGCCGACGAAACGAUUGUCGGAAGCCAGGGGGCUGCACUGAGUGGUGGCCAAAAGAAGAGAAUAUCGCUGGCUCGUUCCCUGUACGCGGAGCCAGCUGUGGCAAUAUUCGACGAUGUCCUUAGUGGUAUUGAUUCCCAUACGGCGCAGAAUGUUGCGCUCACUGUCUUUGGGCCGGAAGGGUUUCUCAGAAAACUCAACACUACAGUAAUUUUCACUUGCCAGUCUACGAUGUUUGUUGAUCUAUUUGACGAAGUUUUGGUUUUGAAGGAUGGCCAGGCAACCUGGUCUGGCCCUCCAGCACAGCUGCCUGCUGAGAAGAGCAGCGAAGCCUCGCUGUCUACGACAAAGGCAUCCUCACAAGUCAACACUGCGGAAUACAUUCAUAAUGUCGGCAUGGGUCGAAAGCCUGCGGCAAAGACGACGUCAGGUACCCUGCCCAUGGUUCCGCCAGGCCACAGCGACGACUAUAGUUUCUACUUUGCUGCAGUCGGUUCGGGCACCUUUUUCGUCUUCUUUUUGCUUGCGAUUGCAGCGGCAUUUUUGUUCACGUUCUCAACACUUUGGCUGGAGAUCUGGAUUGCGGCAGAAGGAGAUGCAUCCAAAGAGAGGCUAUACUUUGCAACGUUUUGGGCUCUACAAAUCACUUGUAUCCUAGUCAUGCUGGUAUAUUUUACCUAUACUAGUACUGUGAUGGGGCCCAAGGCAAGUUCGCAACUGCACUUUGGGGCUUUGAAGACGCUUAUUCAGGCGUCGUUGGACUACUAUACCACAGUUGACUCGUCGGUUCCCACUGGAUACAUGUCGCAAGACAUGAACAUCAUCGACAGCCAAUUUACUAAUUCGGUCGGAAACACUGUUGCUUCCGGUUUCAUCGCGUUGUUUCAAUUCAUCUUGAUAGUUCUUGGAUCGCCUUCCGUGCUCAUUGGCUACCCGUUCUUCUCCGUCAUCCUCCUGCGGGUGCAAAGGGUUUUCGUCAGGGCAGCCGUGCAGCUCAGGGCUAUUGCUACGGAAGGACGCAAUCCUCUCAACAAACAUUUCAAGGAGACGCUUGACGGCCUGGUCACCAUUCGUGCUUUUGGAUGGUCCGAAAGUAGCAUUCGACUCAACGACCAACUUCUCGACAAAUCGCAACAAUCGUUAUAUCUCUCUGCAAUGCUCCAAACAUGGCUCAAAAUGAUGCUGAAUUUAUGUAUUGCCAUGGUUGCCUCGGUAUUCGUUGGCAUUGCAAGCCGGCUGCCUGCCAGCACUGGACUCGUCGGUGUUGCCCUCGUCACUUUCAUGUCGGCUGCUGAAAUGCUCGGGGGUGUUAUACAGUCCUACACAGCGCUUCAACCAUCAGCCGUGGCUUUGAACAGACUCAAGUUUCUGCAAGGUGGCGUUCCUCCAGAGCAUGAACCUGGGCAGAAAAUGUCCACUCCUGAAAGCUGGCCUGCGGAAGGGGCAGUUCAGCUGGAUUGCGUCUCUGCUGCGUACAAAACUAGCAAACCAUACCCAGGAAAGGAAAUUGCCCUAGUGGAGGCCGAAGAUCCCGAUGAUGCUCUCAAGGCCAUGUCGCUUCAGGUAAAGAAGGGCGAGAGAAUGCUAAUUUGUGGUCGAACCGGAAGUGGUAAAUCAACCCUCUUGCUUCUUUUGCAAGGUUUCAUCACUCCUCAUUCUGGUUCUGUUGAAAUCGAUGGAGUCGCACCAGACAGUGUCGAUCGUAACAAGCUGCGCGAUAGCAUCGUAGCCCUACCUCAGUUCCCCUUCUUCUUGACCAGCGAAUACACUGUACGCGACAACCUCGAGCACCACUUUAGCUUGUCUGAACUGAGUCUUGCGGGUAUUGCAGAGGCCAGGCCACAGACACAGCAAGACGAGGACUGCAUUUAUGCGCUAGAAAUGGUGGGUUUAUGGGACACGCUUUCCGCGCGCGGUGGGCUAGACGCGCUGCUCAAAGAAGGGUCGCUCAGUCGAGGCCAGAAGCAGCUGUUUAGCCUCGCGCGAGCCAUUCUUCGUCGGCGAUUAAAGAGGCGGGCAAACCACGAGACAGCGAACCAAGGCGGAGGACUGCUGCUUCUGGACGAGUUCAACACAGGCCUGGACACGUUGACGGAGUCACUCAUGUGGCAAGUGAUCAAAACCGAGUUUCAUGGCUGCACGAUCAUUUGCGUUGCGCAUCGCCUGGGUGCUGCCUCGGACUUUGACCACGUCGCAGUGCUCCGCCACGGGCGAAUUGUGGAAGAGGGCGUGCCGUCGCUGCUGUUGCAGGAUUCUGCCAGUAAGUUCCGAGCGAUAUGGAGCUUGAAGGAGAUUUAG